AUGCCGCGGGGGUUCCUCGUCAAGCGGAGCAGGAGACCGGGGGGCUCUUAUCGAGUGCGCCCUCCUCCGGGACUUCCCCCCGCACCUAGCCCCGCGGAGGAAACGCCCCGCGUCCCGGCGCCUUCGCCCGAGCCUCCUCCACAGCAACAGCUGCUGCCUCAGCCGAACGCCCCGCUGGCGGCCGUGUGGGGCGCAGGCACCUCGGACAGCGCCGCCGCCUCAGCCGCCGGAGAGUCUCAGCGCUGCGCGCGCUCUCCCGCCUCGGCGGAGUCCUUCCCUGUGGGGCCCGCCUUGGCCGCGGCGGAGAAGCUGCCUCUGCUUCCUCGCACGCCGCUGCCGUUGCCACUCUCUCUGCCGGCCACGUCGGCGCCGCCGCCUCCGCUUUACCCGGCGCUCAAGCGGGCGCCCCGCGCCAAGGCGCCUCCGGCCAAGAAGCCCAAAGCUGUGCGCAAGCUGAGCUUCGCCGACGAAGUGACCACGUCGCCCGUGCUGGGCUUGCGGAUCAAGGCGGCGUCCGAGGGGGCGUCCGAGGGGCCCCGCGGGGCAGGCCCCCCGCUGCUGGGCGAGUUCGUGUGCCAGCUGUGCAAGGAGCCCUACGCCGACCCUCUGGCGCUGGCGCAGCACCGCUGCUCGAGGAUCGUGCGCGUUGAGUACCGCUGCCCCGAGUGCCACAAGAUCUUCAGCUGUCCGGCCAACCUGGCUUCACACCGCCGCUGGCACAAGCCGCGCCCGCCCUCGGCGCCCGGCCCCGCCCAGGACAAAGAGAACAGCCGCGGCCAGGCCGGAGCGGAUCAGCACCACGGCGCCGCGGACAGCUCCUGCUGCCGGGACCCGCAGCCUCCGCCGCCGUCCCGAGCCGUCCAACAGCAGCAGCAGCAGCAGCUCUGCCCGGCCGGCGAAGCGGGCGCCGCCGACGGCUCCAGCCUGGGCGCGUCUGGCGGCGAGCUCUUCCUGUGCCCCUAUUGCCACAAGACGUUUCGGCGCCAGGCGUACCUGCGGAAGCACCUGGGCACCCACCAGGCCCCCGGGGCGCUCGGCUACGGCGGGAGCCCGCCGCCUGCGCAGCAGAUCACGUUCCCGUGCCACUUGUGCGGAGCGCACUUCCCUUCGGCGGACAUCCGGGACAAGCACCGACUGUGGCACGCCGUGCGGGAGGAGCUGCUGCUGCCCCUGGGGCAGCCUGAGGGCAGCGUGGCGCACGGCGAGCAGCAGAUCUUCUCCUGCAAACAUUGCCCCUCGACUUUCUUCAGCUCGCCCGGCCUCACUCGGCACAUCAACAAGUGCCACCCGUCGGAGAACAGGCAGGUGCUCCUGUUGCAGAUGCCUGUCAGGCCGGGCUGCUAG